UUCACGUUCAACAUUUCACUACUCGAGCUCAACACACGUUAAACUUUUUCUCACUGUGAAUGGCAGAGAGAGCUGUGGACUUUGCAGCACGCGAACCCGUUCCAGGGACGCCCGGGAUCCGGGAAGUCAGACCCGACUCUGGGGCUGAGAGUUUCGGGUUUGAUUCCGAAGUGGGUGCUGCAGGGACGAUAAGGAAAGUGGGUCUGAGAGCUGAGAUUGACACUUCGCCGCCGUUCGGUUCUGUUAAAGAGGCUGUCACCCGGUUCGGCGGUAGCGAGUCCUGGCCGCCACUUUAUAAGCUCGCAGAAGCAUUUCAAGGUGUUGAAGAGUUUGACAUAAAGAAAGUGGAGGAGCAGGCGGCAGAGUUGGAGAAGGAUCUGAUUGUGAAAGAAUUAGAGACUCUUGAUGUCCUGGAAGAACUUGGAACAACAAAGAAGAUUGUUGAAGAGUUGAAGCUGCAGCUACAGAAAGAAGCAAUGAAAUGUAUGACGACACCGGAUGAACAAGUUUCAACUCCAGCUAUCAAGGAAAUUAACAAAGAACAUCGCAGAAAUUAUGUUAGUAACCAUGAGCAAAUGCUGGGAAAUUCAAGCCCCUGUCCUGUAUCUUCUCCUGAUUUAAUUUUGAUGGAGUUGAAGCAAGCAAAACUAAACCUGGGUAGAACAAUAACUGAUCUUGGGGUGAUUCAAACUUCUGUUGAAUCUCUCAAUAAGAGAAUGAAGAAAGAGAAAAAUUUGCUGGAAAAGACUCGCGAGAGGCUAACAUCAAAGUUUCCUGCAGAGGUUAAGAAAACUACUACCAAUGUUCCAAUGGAGAAUGUUCAAAUGAAUUCACAAGGGGAGCAGUUUAAGAAACUGGCCGAAGUUUCAAGAGCAAUGUUGGGGAAUGAACAAAGCAAAGUUUGUAUUAAGACUGCUGAAAUGAGGUGGAUUGCAGCUAAAAAGAUGGAGGAAGCCGCUAAGGCGGCAGAAGCACUCGCUUUUGCAGAAAUUAAGGCUCUAUCGAGGGGUGACAACACUUCAGGAUAUUCACUUCCAGAGCCUGAGAAAAUAACUCCAUCCUAUGAAGAUCCUCACCAAUCUCCUCUGCCUAAAAAGAAAGUGGUACAUGCCAUGCCGCCACUUGAUGAAGCUAACAUUUCUAAAUUGUCUAUCCUAAAGAUGAUGGAGGAUGCAGCCGCAGAAGUAAAACACUCUAAACAAGUCCUGGAAGAGGCAGUCAAUCGAGUUGAAAUCGCAAACAGAAAGCAACUCGCAGCGGGGGAGGCACUUCGAAGAUGGGCACCAGGUUAUGACAAGAAGGGACAGGCAACAAUGUACAGUCCAAACAGGCUCAAUAUCUUCAACCCAUGUGAGUAUCAACAGGGUUCUUCUCCAUUGAGUGAAGUGAGCAAGCCAAACUUUGCAACCGACGAACCAAAGCCAGUUCUGAGGCCAACAGUUUCAAUGAGGGACAUACUCAGCAGGAAGCAAGCUCAUCAGGCGGAAGAAUGUGUGGUAAAAAGGCAAACUGAUCAAGGCCAUAAUGAAAGACAAAAGGUAGCUCUAAGUCAAAUGCUUCAGGAAUUACGAGAGGAUCUAACGUUUCCAAAGAAACCUGACAUAAAUGAUUGUGAUGACAAUCAAAAGCAGUUCUUUGCACAAAGGAGGAAGUUUGGGUUCAUCCAUAUUUCGCUUCCCUUGACAAAGCAAAGCAAGAAAAAAAUGCAGCCUCUAAACGCAAUAUAAUUAAUACACUAAAAUUUUAAAUGAAGUUGUGAUAAUGGGUGAUUUGUAGUUUGAUGUUCUGAGAUCUUGGUGAUCACAGUGCUCUGUUUAAAUAAUGGGUUGGUUUGUAUUGUAUUGUAUUGUAUUGUAUCGUAUUGUAUCGUGUGUGAAAUUUUAGUGGUGAGAGGAAAGAUUGUCUUCUUCCUCAGCUUCUCACCAAUGUUUAUAUGGUGUUUAUUUAUAUAUUUGCUGGGAGCAUAUAAUAAUAUGUGAAUUGGUUCUUAUAA